AUGUCGGCGGGUGCGGCCGGCGACGGUUUUCACCGAGGCAUAUUCGAGGGCUGCAUCUCAGGCAGAGACAUGAGCAUCCAGCGGCGACCGUACCAUAAGAAUUGCAAGUGCGCCCUGCACAAAGAGCGCGGCCACUGCAGCCACGCCUCUCGAUACAACAACGUCUCUUAUCCGAUUAAGAGGACCUGGAGCGAGGGCUGUUUGUUGUUGAUGAAUGUCUCCUCUCCGACCACCGGCGCCACCUCCCCGUGCCAGUCGUCGCCCACCUUCGCCGCGGCGGCGGCGCAGGGAGAUAUGACGAGGACGCAUACGCAUUUGGUCCUGUGCAAGGGGGAGGACGAAGAGGUCGAUUAG